AUGCCCACUAAAAAAAAGUUCAAUGUGGUUGUAAAUCCAUUGCUUACACGGCCGUCGUCAGCGAUCGACAUCAGAGCGGACACUGAGGUCAUCGUGGAAAACGGCACCGCGGGCGUCCUGCACUGCUCCUUCAAAUCCAACCAGGUGGUGAGCAGUGCCACCUCGGUCACCUGGAGCUUCCAGUCCAGCCAGCCUGACAACCAGCUCUCCAAAGACUCCUACACGAUCCUGUACUUCGCGGGUGGAAAGGCGUUCCCCGGGCAAGAGGAGUUUAAAGACCGCGUCCAUUUUAUAGGGGACAUAAAUAAGCGUGACGUGUCCAUCCAGCUGAACCCUGUGCACUUCAGUGAUAAUGGCACCUACUUCUGCGAUGUCAAGAACCCUCCCGACGUUGAGGGGACCAGGGCACGCACAGAGCUCCGGGUCGUGCUCAGAGAGUCCUUUCCUCAGAAGAGCACUGCGGUAAUAGUGGGCGCAGUGAUCGGUGCUCUGGUUCUGCUGGUGCUCAUCGCGGUAGCUGCCUGUGUGGUGGCCCGAGUGGUGCGCAACCGCCACGACUACGAAGGCUGCACGUCCCUGGACAGUGUGAGCUCGUCCCAGGCCCCCCCGCCCCGGAAGAAGCUGGCGUCCUCCACAGAGGUGUCCCGGGGGGGCAGUCCCACGGGGGGCGGUCCCACAGGGGGCAGUCCCACGGGGCCCUUACAGGUAGAAGAUGGGUGUGUGCAGGGCCCGGUGAUAUACGCCCAGCUGGACCACUCAGGCAGUAAAAACUCCUUCCACAAAAUGGAGCCAGUGGUGUAUGCCGACAUCCGGAAAAACUGAAGUCUCCCCGGAACCAAAAACACUCUUUAAAAGAAAAGCAUCCUACUCCGCUGCUCCAGGAGGGGGCGCCACAGGAACACGGUGCCCUGUCGUUGUGUUGUUUCGAUGUCCGCAGGAAGCAUGAAAAAAAUCGGUCAUAUAUGAUGUCUUAUACGUGUUAUAAAAUCUACAGAGAGACUUUGAAUACAGGGAUCCUGAUGAUAUGUAUAGUAAUAUCAUUUUAAAGGGGCGGUAUACAGUCUGCUGCACUGCACUGUUUAACUCAAACUGACCAAAUCUGGCGCCAACCUCCACAAUUCUCCUCACAUGGUUUUUGCAUAUAUAUAUAUUUUAAUUUAGCACAUUUGAAAAAAACAAAAAAUGUAGCCAUAAGUGUCUUAAUCAUCAACCACUAUGUCGUCUUAAAGCAUUUUAAGUGUGAUGAAUGUAAAUAUGGUUUUGUGGGAGUUUAAUGAGAGAUUUGCGUGUUAUUAUGGCAUGUUUAUGGACCAGAAGGACUAGUUGAUGAAAUUCAAUUAUUUGAGCUAUCCCUGAAAAUUAAGUCAUUGGCGCAAUAGAUCACAUUUCGUUUAAAGGUGCUAUACCUGAUUUUUACAGUUUUAAAAACAUGAAAAACAGAACUAUUUCAUUUUUAACAAUUUAUCCAAUUAUUCCUCACUUACUUUAUGCAUUCGGAGCACCCUACUUAUUCACUGUGAUGAGUUUAAAUGCUUUUCACAGCUUUCAGAGACCAGAGCAAAGUUUGCCGUCACGUUAAUGCUAACAACUAGAAUGCUAAUGCACACUUCGUGAUUAUUGGACAAUGAGACGUCUUAUAAUUAGAUGCCCCAGUACAGAUAUAUUGUAUAAACAGCUCUUGAGGUCAUCAGCUGUGUGCUGUCUGCAAGACACAUCUCGCUCAUAUACAAGGAAAAUAUUGGGUACAGCGCCUUUAAGUGUCCCUGAAAGCUAAGACAUAGGCACAGUAGGUAACAUUUAUUUAAAAUUGAAUAAUGCCACUUAUAGACUGGCUUAAAUUGUUAGUACUUGUAGAUUUUUAUGCCCUUAACCUUUUUCUAAAUAGGACAAAAGCACUGCCAAAUCAAACUUCAGAAUGCCAAUACUUUUUUGUGUAUAAAUUAAAACUUAUUUUCAUCAUGCCUAGCCCUGCAUUUUUAGGUCAGAAAAACUCAAUCUAGUCAUGUGGGGCUCUGAUCACUCUGCAGUUUAAAUGUGCUCUUAAAACUGCAAAUCUUAAAACUAUAGCCUUAAAAAUGUACAAAAUGAACGAAUAAGCCAUAUUGACAAAAUCAUGGAAAAUGAAACUGCCUUAAAGGUUUUCUGAGCUUAGUCUAUUUUUAAAGUGUUUUAUUUAAAGGUGUAAUUUUCAUGUAUGUAGGAUGUUUGCCAUGUAGCAGAGUGGCACAAUAUAGGAAUGUCAUGUGUUUUAACUGGCAGGUCUUAAAAUCCCUUUCUUUUUGGUGCUUUGGCAAAUUUUUUACUUCAAAUGCCCUUCCAGCCAUCUACUGUGACUGGACUGGGCGACGUGGGGUAGAAGUGUCCAUGUGCUUGGGUUGGAAUCAAACCGGUUACCUUCUAGUUUGUGGGGAAAACGCUUACCCACUUCAUCACUGUCACUUCCUUAAAGGCACACUGUGUCACUUUUCUGGUGGGGAGUCCUCCUUGUUGCAUGGUGACGUUAUUGUUUUGCCUGUUCUGCUUUCUGAUUGGAUAAUUGUGGAGAAUCAAUAUUUGAUUUGAACAUGUUUACCACCUUAUUUUGUGACACCCAUCGGUCAUAUUUAUAAAAUUUAAAAUCUACAUAAUUUAUUUAAUUACAUACAGUGGUGCUUUGAAGCAGUUAUACAUGGAGGUAAGCAGGUGGCAGACCCUCUACCAGAAAAGUUCUGCAGUGUUUCUUUAGCCCACCCCAUCGUUUCAAACCCAUCUGUCAUGCUUUGUAUCUAUACUCUUUAAGUCUUAAUGCAGUUGAUUUGACCACUUUGCCAAACCUGUAUUCCCCUCUGUGCAAUGGGUUAUAGUAAAUGAGGAGUGGAGGUGGGGCGCCCCCCAGUGGUGCAGACUGUGAGUGCAGCAGACUGCUCAGCCCUGCUCUGCUCUGUUCUCGUGCUGUAGUACUCUAGUAGCUCCGUAGUGAGUGUGCAUGCAGUUAACCCUUUGACGACCCCGACGCUGACUCCAACUGUGAAUGCUUACGUCGUGUCGUUGUGGUACCCGAAAACAGCGCCUCCUACUGUUUGACCUCAGUAGAACAUGAAGCCUUUUUUUAAUCAAUUUUUUGUGUUGAACAGAUUUAGACCUUUGAUACUGAAAAAUUAUAGAAAAAAUAGUUAUGUCCGUCUAAGUAAACAUGAACCAUAAUUCCACUUUUUAAAAGGGGGUAUUAUACAAAAUGAUAUUUAUGAAGCUUUCUUCAAUGUUGUAACAUUCCCUCAUCAAAAACACACCUGAAGUGGCUUUAUAUGUCAUCCAUGCAUGCUUGAGUAAUCUAGCGAUCUCUCUCAGGCACUAUUCAAAACCCUCUUAUGCUUAGCUGUAAGCUUCUGUCCAAUGCUCAGCCCACAUGCCUAUGUCACCCAUGCUCCCAUGUGACAAUUCUACACACACACACA